GAUUUUCGAUUCUUGCCAGGUGGGAUGCACCACCCAACCUCAUCGCCAUCGCCAUCGCCACCAUCACCAUCACCAUCACCAUCCUUCUAUUUAACCACCCUCUCUCUCUACCCUUUUCUGGAAAUCUCUGAACCCGUUCAAGUCGACCCAUGGAGCCCAACAAGUGUCCCCAAUUUCCGGCGGAUUUGGAGUACCAUUCCGGCUUCGGCAACCACUUCUCGUCCGAGGCGAUCGCCGGAGCCCUACCUCCGGGCCAGAACAGCCCUCUCCUCUGCCCUUACGGCCUUUACGCUGAGCAGAUCUCCGGCACCGCCUUCACCGCCCCUCGCAAACUUAACCUACGAAGUUGGCUGUAUCGUAUCAAACCAUCAGUCACACAUGAACCAUUUAAGCCUCGAGUGCCAAGUCAUGAGAAGCUUGUGAGCGAAUUCAACCAGUCCAACAGUUCUGCUAAUCCUACUCAACUACGUUGGAAGCCUGUAGAAAUUCCCGAAUUACCAACUGAUUUUAUCGAUGGUUUACAAACAGUAUGUGGGGCUGGCAGCUCUUACCUUCGGCAUGGUUACGCAAUUCACAUGUACACUGCCAACAAGUCAAUGGACAACUGUGCCUUCUGCAAUGCUGAUGGUGACUUUUUGAUUGUUCCUCAGAAAGGAAGAUUGUGGAUCACAACUGAAUGUGGAAGAUUGCAAGUGUCUCCCGGUGAAAUUGUUGUUUUGCCACAAGGAUUCCGCUUCGCGGUUAACCUGCCGGAUGGCCCAUCACGUGGUUAUGUUGCAGAGAUUUUUGGCACCCAUUUUCAACUUCCUGAUCUCGGGCCAAUAGGGGCUAAUGGUCUUGCUGCUCCACGAGAUUUCCUUGUUCCCACUGCCUGGUUUGAAGAGAGCUCCUGUCCAGGAUAUACUAUUGUACAAAAGUUUGGUGGCGAACUUUUUACUGCAAAACAGGAUUUCUCCCCCUUCAACGUGGUUGCCUGGCAUGGUAAUUAUGCCCCAUUCAAGUAUGAUCUAAGCAAGUUCUGCCCGUAUAAUACUGUUCUGGUUGAUCAUAGUGAUCCGUCAAUUAAUACAGUUCUGACCGCACCGACAGAUAAACCUGGCGUGGCAUUGCUUGAUUUCGUCAUCUUCCCUCCAAGGUGGUUGGUUGCUGAACAUACUUUCCGACCUCCAUAUUACCAUCGGAAUUGCAUGAGUGAAUUCAUGGGUCUGAUUUAUGGAGGAUAUGAGGCAAAAGCCGAUGGGUUUCUCCCAGGUGGUGCAAGCCUUCAUAACUGCAUGACUCCCCACGGUCCUGAUACGAAGACUUAUGAGGCAACAAUUGCUCGUGGAAAUGAAGCAGGACCACAGAGAAUAGCCGAUACCAUGGCUUUCAUGUUUGAAUCGUGUCUCAUACCGCGAGUCUGCCCAUGGGCUCUCGAGUCUCCCUUAAAGGAUGAUGAUUAUUACCAGUGCUGGAUUGGACUGAAGUCCCAUUUCACUUGCGAAGCAACAAACGCUCAACUAAGUGACAUACGGAAUGGUCACGAUGAAAGUGGAACCGGAGGGCAUUGUGGAUGAUUUUGGCUUCCAAUGUUAAACCCAGGCACAUAAUUGCUUCUCUAAUAAAAUGGCCAGCAUCCGAUUAAAGAAUGAAUGCAUAUAUGUAGGAACACGAAUUGAACCUUAGACGGGAAAUAUGUAAGAAUGUGGUGUUGCUUUCCCUACUUCAUCUGUUUUCUGUGGUGUAUCACUGAUUGGAGAAGACAUAGUUGCUAUGUUGGGAUCUUGGAUUUAUUAAGUUAGCGAUAAUGAAAUCUAUGGAAUAAAAGAGAGCAGUGUUCUUUUAAAAA